AGUUUAAUAUUAGUAACUAUUGACAAUAUCAUUACCUUUAUCCGAACGUCGUCACCGCCUGGUCGUCUGCAUUGCAGCGACCAAGCUUGCUAUAGCAACAGGUUUUACCUCCUCCCCAUCGGAUCUGUCUUCGACCCGUAGCUCUUCUUCCCUCACAUCGAUGGGUCCUAAACAUGCGUUGUUAGAAUGUGAAGACGACGAUCCUCUGGUAGAUCAGCUUGCCGUAGAGGCAUGGGCUUUUGCGAGGCCUUCCUAUCAACUCGCUGUAACUGGCCCUGCUCUAUUCACUAAGUCGUCUGAGGUAUCCGCAUGGGUAGUGGAGUCGCCGCAGAAAUUGGCAAUACAGAACGGCCGUCUGUUGGUUACUGAUCUCAUUCAUGAUCGGAUAUUAUCGGUCUCUGUGGAGCAUCCCUAUACUGACACUAUAGUGUAUGCUACGGUAAGCAAGCCUCUAGGUCUGUGUUAUGAUGAGGAUGGUGGGGGCGUUUUCUGUACGCUUAUGGACGAGGAUAAUGUAUGUCUGUUGGACCCUGGGGAUGUCGAGCCGUAUGCUGUUGUUGGGCCAGCGGUAGACCCCGACUCGGAUGAGCAUGAUCUGACGGAGCCUAGGGCGGUACAGAUGUCUAACCGAGGCACGGUUCUGUGGGUCUGCGAUUCGGGUAAUCAUCGUCUAUUGAGGGUCGACAGACGUACGUUUACAGUGACCUCGGUGUGUGAGGACAUAGGUCUGCGAUGGCCUGAGGAUAUAUGUAUAUGUGCUGGCUCUUCGGUAGCUGUAGCUGAUACUGAUAAUGAUAGGGUAGUCGUGUAUACUCCUACUAAUGGUGAUGGUGAAGUAGGGUCAGUACAGGAAGUACUGGGUCCGAGCUCCGAGUAUGGCCGCAUCAAAUUGAGAGGACCUGGUGCGGUAGUCAGUGACCCGCUGAGGAAGGUCCUCUACGUGGGUGACUCCUACAAUGGUCGUAUUGUCUGCUGUCCUUAUCAAGAGGAGUUUUAUGAUGAUGGAGCUGGCACUGUUGUAGCUGGACACGAGGGUUUGAGUGUCACUAAAACUGUUGAGGAUUAUCCCCAUGUUAAGUCGCAUAACUGUUCUGAUUCGACGACGACCUCACCGCCUAUGCUGCGUUUUGGACAGCCUUUUGUGGUGGCGGAGAAUGUGGGCAGAGUGAGUGGUAUGGUGGUCGAUGAAGGCACAGGAAACAUUUAUGUCAGCGAUCGGGUGAAUCAUGUUGUACGCAUACUCAGGCCAGUGUACUAUUGAUGAUAGUAGUAUUAAUAUCAUAUUUCGAGGGUAGCUAUCAAAACCAUCGACAUAGGAGGCGGCGUUAUUUCUCUUCUCCUAGUGUUCCUGCUAUUACCCUCUACAAGAUUGACAGCUA